UUCAAGAUGAGCGUGUUGUUUGCGCCAAAGCGGAAGCGGCAAGUCGAAGCGCCGCCACUUCAGCCGACAUCCAAGCAUGCAGAUGACGGCGCUGUCGUGGAAGUACCUGCUUCAUCGACGACUGCAGACCCCACGUCUAUCCUCACGACGUUCGCCGACUUGGGCCUCGACCCGUGGAUCGCUGCGAAAUGUAAGCUCCUCGGUCUCCACAAACCAACCCCCGUUCAAGCACAUUGUAUUCCACCAAUUCUCGCUGGACGAGAUGUCAUGGGGUGUGCACAGACCGGUAGCGGGAAGACGGCGGCGUUUGCGUUGCCCAUCUUGCACGACCUAGCCAAAGAGAUUUACGGACCGUUCGCCGUCGUCCUGACGCCGACGCGGGAACUCGCAUACCAGAUCGCGGAGCAAUUUCAAGCAUUGGGCAGCGGCCUGUCCCUCCGGACGUGCGUCGUCGUCGGUGGGGUGGACAUGAUGACACAGGCGUUGUCGUUGCAGCAGCGCCCGCAUGUGCUGGUGGCGACGCCGGGGCGGCUGCGCGACCACAUGCUCCGCGCAAACCCUCCAAACUUGAAACUCAUCAAGUACUUGGUGCUGGACGAAGCCGAUCGGCUGUUAAAUGCGACGUUUGCCAAGGACCUGGAGUUCCUCCUCGACACGGUGGGAACGUCGCACCAGACGCUGCUCUUCUCCGCCACGAUGACCGCCGACUUGGCAUCGUUGGAGAAAAUGGCCAUGACAAAUCCCUUCCGCUUUGACGCUACACCCACGGCGACGACAGUGACGCAGCUCAAGCAGUCGUACUUGUUCGUUCCAGCCCAGAUCAAGCCGACGUACUUGAUGUACCUCAUGCAGAAGCUGAUCGACGUCGACGACAGCAGCGUCGACGCCUCCGAAAAAGUCAAAAAGGCGCGGCGUCGGCACGAUCGUCUGGAGGCAGCGCUGGCGGCCACCACGUCGGCCGACAGGUCCAAGUCGAUGGUGGUGUUUGUUGCAACGUGCCGCAUGUGCCAGCUCAUGUGCGAGAUUGCGACGGAAUUCCGGCUGCCCGUGGUCGCAUUGCAUGCCGUGAUGGGGCAAUCGCGCCGUCUCGCGGCCCUGGGCAAGUUCAAGUCGGGCCUUGCGCGCAUCUUGAUAUCGACCGACGUCGCAUCCCGCGGUCUCGACAUUCCGGACGUCACGCAUGUGAUCAACUACGACUUGCCGCGCGAUGCCGACGACUACAUCCAUCGCGUCGGGCGCACGGCCCGUGCCGGGCGCCACGGGACGGCCAUCUCUCUCGUCACCCAGCACGACAUUGCGUUACUCCACAACGUCGAAGCCAAGGUGGGGAAACCACUGACAAAUUACGAAGACGAAGCGCCCGAGGCGGACGUGCUCAAGCUCCUCAACGACGUCACCACUGCCACCCGCGUUUCCAAGAUGCGUCUCACCGAGCACGGCUUUGACGACCGCGUCCAAGCGCGAAAGAAGAAGUGGAGUAAGAAAUAGUCCCAUUUGAAUCAUCCACAUCGUGCAGCCCAAGCCACGACGCUGAAACGACUCGACGAAAUGGGGUCGUGUAUCCGACUGCUGUGCAGGUGCUGCGCGAGUCGUCGGCUUCCUGUAGCUGUCGUGCACCGUUCGUCGCAUGUCCAAGUGGAUCCUCUCGUGCUCUAAGAGAUUCCACACACCACAGGCCACCACGAGCCCUCC